AUGGGCUUGGAUCCUAUGAAUCAAUCCAUAGCAAAAAAAGCAGCUGAUGGAUCCUUUAUGGAUAAAACAUUUGCAAGGGUUACACAAAUCCUUGACAAGAUGGCAGAACAUAACCAAGCUUGGCACUCUGAAGACACCACAAGUGAAAUUGCAUAUGGUACUCCUUCCUUGACCAACAUGAUUAAGGAGAACCAAGAAAGAGAUCAAGUAAUUGCCGGGCUUGCCAAAAAUGUCAAUGUUUUGAUGAAGAUGUAUAUUGAAGCCAAACAAAAAAAAGUUAACAUGGUGGAAAUGUUCAACCCAUGUCAAAUGAGGAUUACGAGGAAAAACAUUAUGUCAAAAACUCUCAAGGAGGUUAUUAAAUGCAACCCUACCAAGGUUCAGGACAACAAAACUAAUGGAGGCCUAACACGCAAGGGCAAGGCAACCAACAGUGGUGAAACGACCAAGAAAGAAAGUUCUUCAAGUGAGUCCAAGUUGGAAAACAUGCUUGAACGAGUAUUGCAAAAUCAAGAGAGAUCUGACACUUCAAUGAAGAAUAUGACCGAGCUUGUGGGCUCUCAAUACCGCAUCUAUUCAAAAGUUGGAGAUGUGAAUGAGAGAUCUCUCAAGAGAGUAAAAUCUGAAGCAAAAAGACUCCCGAAGAAGGUGAGAACUCAAGAAGUGAACUAUAAAGAGGUUAAGGAAAAGGUAAUAGAGGCACCAAAAACUCUAGCACCAAUUCCUAGGCCUCCGCCUCCUUUCCCUCAGAGACUUGCUAGAAAAGUUGAUGAUAGCAAACUCAAGAAGUUUUAUGACAUCCUCAAGCAAUUAUCAGUGGACAUUCCAUUUGUGGAAGCAUUCCAAGAGAUGUCGGGUUUUGCUAAGUACUUGAAGGAGUUGAUCACUAAGAAGAGGACCACCAAGAAUGAAGUGGUGAAUGUGACUCACCGGGUUAGUUUUAUUAUUGCAACUACCGUCGUCCAAAAGAAAGAGGACCCGGGAGCCUUCACCAUUCCAUGCACUAUUGGACUACGCGAUUUUGCACUAGUCAUUUGUGAUAAUGGGGCUAGCAUCAACUUAAUGUCCCUUGCUAUUUACAAGCAAGAAGUAUUAGGUAUGCCUAGGCCUACAAGCAUGAGGUUGAAAAUGGUCGACCGUUCAAUAAAGCGACCGAUGGGAGUUGUUGAUGAUGUUCUUGUAAAAGUGGGAAAGUUUCUCCUCCCUGCUGACUUUGUUAUCCUAGAUUGUGCUAUUAAUAAAGAGAUCCCUAUCAUUUUGGGGAGACAAUUCCUUUCUACUAGGAGGGUACUCAUGGAUUCAGAGUGA